UUUUAUCAACGAGUCGAGAUCGAUCUAUUGCUCUUACAUUUACUCAUCCUCCAUCGUCUCAAGGACGAAAUCAAAUGCGACCGAUAUUAUUUGAAAUUGAGAUUGAUCCAAAAUUACGAACUAAAGCUUUCGCUGAUAUUCGUAAGAAAAGUGAUUAUCAUGGUGAAUAUGAAAUAUUAAUUAUGCUUGGAGCUUUGUUUUGUAUUAAAAGUGUAUCCGAAGAUACGAAAGAUCAAAUGUGGAUAGUACGUGCAACUUUAGCCAAUGAUGAUGAUUUUGAUUUGAACGAACUAUUUGCUCAUAUGAAAAGUAAAAUUGGUGAUGAUACUGAUCUUGAUAGUCUUGGGAAAGUUUUACUUCGAAUGGAAGAAAAUGAACAAGCACGAAAAUGUUAUAAACGUAUGUUAAAAGAAGCACAAUUAACUUUAGGAAAUGCGGAACUAGGACUUGGGCGAGCUUCAUUAAGAUGUAAUGAUUGUCAGGAAAGUCUCGAACAUUUUCAAGCAGCAUUAGAAAUACGUCAACGUCUCUUAGGAGAAAAUCAUCCAGAUGUAGCAGAAAUAUUUAGUUUUCUUGGUGAAACUCAUAGAAAAAUGCAAGAUUAUGACGAAGCUUUACUUUAUUUGGUUCAAGCAAUGAAUAUUGAAGAAGAAACACUUCCUCCUAAUUCUCUUAAUCUAGCAGCAACAUAUGAUACUAUAGGCGCGAUCUAUAUGAUGCUCAAUCAAUACGAUGUUGCUUUAAUUUAUUAUGAAAAAGUUUUACAUAUUCGUCAAGCAGCGUUACCCGCAGAUCAUCCACAAAUCGCUGCAAUCUAUGGUAGUCUUGGAUCGUUGUUUGAAAGUAAAGGAGACUAUUCGAAAGCUUUAAAUUAUCAUGAAAAAUCAUUAGAAAUCGCAAAAAAAACACGAGCAACCACACAUAAUAUCGUCGCUAACGCACAGGACAGUAUUCGAAGAUUGAAAGCAAAAAUAAAACAAUAA